AUGAGGAAGUUGGCUGGAUUUAUAGUUUUUUUCGUUGUUUUUAGCUCGUUCAUAACUGAACAUGUUAAAGCAGCCGACAGUUCGGAGCAAUCGCCAAGAGAUGUUCGUUCGAAACGGGUGGAACCGAUGAAGACUGAAGAUAUCGCAAUAAUGAAACCAAAGAAUUCUGAAGUCGUCAUCGGUGAUACAGAAGAAGUCAAAAAACAUGCUAGAACACCCUGGAAGAAAUCGCUACCGGAAAUAGAAAAAGAUAUCGCAAGCCGAAACGAUCGUCAAGAAAAAGUUUUAACAGAUUCUUCGAGAGUAAAAAGACAACUGAAAAACAAACCGGUGAGAAAAUUGUCCAAUGGUCCCACCUUGACAGCUGAUGAUGUCAAAGAAAUGCAAACCACUCUUGAAAACUUUCUUAUCAACGAAUACAAGAAGUGCCAAACAAAGUCGUCGAAAGAAGUCGAUAAGUGCAUCACGGAAGCUCAAGCAUCAGCAGAAAAAAAAUUCGAAAACAUAAUGAUGGUCAAUAAUAAGUGUGCUGGUGCUGAGCUACAAAAAUGCAAAGAUCAAAUAUUGAAUAAAGUUCUCGGUUACGUCCCAUUCGCUUUCCCAGUCUCUGCGCCUCUUGCAGAUGUGACGGCUAAUAAUUACGGGGGCCACAAAAUUGGUUUCAUUCUUGCGAAGCACUUCGAUAAUUGUUACGACAAAAACGACAAAAUCGAUCAGUUCUUGAAAUGUUUCAAAAGUGGAAACGAAAAAUCCCCGUUGAAUGUUGCCAGAGAUAAAAUCGCAAUGUUAGUAGGAAAUUUUUGUAAAAAUGACGCGAAAGAUAAAGUUGAAUGCAGAGAAAAAGUAGUCGGUUAUAUUAAACAACUACUGGAUGCUGCUGCUGCGAACAUUGUGAUCAUCUUCUGCGCCAACAAAGAUAAAAGUCCAACAUGUGAUAAUGCGAAAGCAAAUUUCGAUAUUUUCUCUCAAUAUAAAGCAGUUCCACUCAACACUUUCAAAACGGAUAAAAAAUACGGCGAAGUUGAUGUUGGAACUGAAAUCGGGACGGCAGCCGAUAAAUGCAAGAAACAGCAAAGUAUCGAUAAAUUUAUUGACUGCUUGAAAGGAGAGCUGGAUUCGGCUGUUAUUAGGAAAAAUAUAGCUACUAAACUUGCUGCCCAUUGCAAAUCAGAAUCUUCCGAGGAAGAAAAUUGCAGAAUAGAUGGAGAAGUAGCGGUUGAAACGAAGCUGAAGGAGGCGAUUUCUGCCGUUCUGGACAACUAUUGCGGUGAAAAUAUUAAAAAGGAGAGAGAAUAUCAGUCUUGUUUGACGAAGACGGGGAAUAGGAUUUCUGCGGAUAUUACACUUCCUGCUCCGACGAUCUCUUUCAAAAAGCCGAUCCCUUUGAAGUCCAUUGUAACGAAAGAUUUGUAUGGUAAAAUUACAAUUGGAUCGAUUGUUGAAGCGAAUUUAAAAGGCUGUUUGGAGAAAAGCAAAGGCAAAAAGACCGAUGAUUUUACAAGUUGCUUGGGUAGUUCGCAAAGCGAUCCUUGGAAAACUGCAAUGAAUGACAUUUCAAAUCAACUGACAAAUCAUUGUGCUAAGAUUCAGUUAAAGGAAAGAAUUUGUCGGAAGGAAGGCGAAAAACAUUUUCAGGGUCUUAUUAGAUCGGCAAUCAUCUCACUUAUCUUAACAUUCUGCGAAGGUGAAUCUUCAAAGUACAAGUGGCAAAUGGACUAUGAUGACUGUCAGAAAACUUCUAAAGCGAGUGAACUCUCGAGAGAAUUUGUUCUUCCUUUCAAACUUCUUGAUGAGAUUCCUCUUUCCCAGUUUAUGAAAGGCGAGAUCAAAAUAGGAGAGAUUUUGAAAAAAGAGGCGGAUUCGUGCAAAACCGCCAAUUCCAAAUCUCGUGACGAAUACUUGAACUGCUUAAAAGUAAAACCUCUGCCAACAGUGAAAGUGGAUGUCGCACAACAACUAGCUGAUAGUUGUGGAAAAGUUGAUAGACCAAAAGUCAAUGAUUGUCGGAUAAAUGGUCAAACUGAAGUGGAAAAACAACUGAAAGAUUCUUUGAUUGCCAUUCUUAUCAACUUCUGUCGGGAAUUCAAUGCGAACCCAGAAGACACCUACAACGAGUGUUUGAACUUUGAUGGAGACAAGCUGGGAGUUGAAGCGAAACUAGGCAAUCUUCCUGCUACCGUCCACGCUCCAAUUGAUGUUCUUCGGAUAAUUACGGACAAAGAUGACGGGGAAAUCAAAAUAGGUGAAAUCCUUCAAACCGGCACCAAUGUUUGUAACGAUAAAAAAACAUCCAAUGAGUACUACAAAUGUUUGAAAGGAGAUGACGGUGCUCAAACAUCACCUUUGAAAACAGCUAUCGAAAAAGUCAAGAUGAAAUUCGCGGAUGUAUGUGGGCAGAAAGAUAGCAUAACAGACUGUCGAAAUGGUGAACCACUAUCGAAUAUCAAGAAUAAACUGAAAGAAGCAACCGAGGCUUUAAUUCUUAACUAUUGCGGUUUGAAAGCAAAAAAAAAUCAAAUAGAAUAUACAAAAUGCGUUGACGACGGUUUCAAGGAGACGAUGCGUUACUUGAAUGAUAAAACCCUUCCGAUCAGUCUUCGUAAUGAAAUAUCUUUGUCGUCACUCGUAACCACCAAGUAUGGUAACAUCCCUGUUGAUUCCACUUCUGAUAAGUUUGCCGAUUACGCUCUCGAGCAAAAUCUAGUUGAAAGCGAUUGGAAUCAAGGAGUGGAGGAAAUGAAGAAGGAGUUUAAGCAGACAAUUCAAGCAUUUCUAUCAAAUUUCUGCCGUAAAAAUGUGAAUAAAAAUCAAUAUGAAUAUUUGAGUUGUUUGACUGAAGGAUUAAAAUUAUCGGAGAGUUUGUCGCAAGGAUACACUCUAAUUGAUAUAUUUCUUCAAUGUAGUUCGAAAAAGACGGAAACUGAAUACAAUAAAUGCGUUGACACUGUCAACGGUCAACGUCUCAAGGCAUGGACUAACACUUGUUCCUCUGAUCUAACAUUGGAAAAAGAAUGUAUAGAUUCUGCUACAAAAAUGGCUUCUGAAUCAGCUCAAGUUGCCAAAGUUGCUGCAAAACUCGUUGCUUGUGUGACACCGUCCUGCAUCAAAACUGAAAGGCGAAAAGUGAUCGAUGAAUUCGUCAAAGCUGAUGAGAAAUAUUGUAAAACGCCAUGUAAAGAUUCUAAACAUAAAAUCGAGGCUGCAGUGAAAAAAGGUGUACCGGAUUGUUCUGCUGAUAAGACCAGUUCAAAAUGCCGAGCCGAUCUCCUUUCUCCGGACGAUAUGUCAUGUGAUAGUUUCGUUAAGAAACUUUCUGACGAAUCUUGUGAUGAGGUGUGUGAAGCGGCAAAAAACGUUGAAGAUAGCGGAAAUGCAGGAUAUCUAACUUACGCUAUCGUAUUCUUGAUCAUUGCUGUCAUUGUUUUUGCGAUCUAUGUUGUUUAUAUUACAAUCAUCUACUCCCGGCACAGUAGGAGAAAACCUGUGAAAAAACAAUCAAAAGAGAAGUUUGAGGACCCCACAGAACUAAGAAGACUACUGGCUGAUCAUGUGGCCAAAAUGGACAGGGAAAGGGAAGAAGAGAAGAUCGACAAAGAAGGAAUGAAAACAGCAGUUGAAGAUGACAAUCCAGCUCAAGAUGACACUCCAGCUCUCGGGAACAAUCCAGCACUCGAAAGAAUGCGUGACAAGCUUAAAAAAACUCAAGACAAUCUUAGAUUAUUGAGAACACACGCGAAUAAAUGUGCAGAAGAACACAAGAAAGAUCUCGCGAAUAAGUUCACACCCAUGGGAAACAUUUACAUUCCGAAGGAACCAGAGGUUCCUCCUCCAGCUGAUAUUCCGAACAACGUUUCACUGAAAAAUGUAGCUUGGAAAGAUGGAUUAAACGAGUUAUGGGAAGUUGGUUCCGAUGUAGACGACAUUGAGCUGGAUCAACCCUAUGUCUUGAACCCAGAUUCAGUCACUGAAUCCGAAGCUAGCCAAAAGAGUGGUAAAGCUAAGAGUAGUUCAAAGAGUAAAAGCGAGAAAGUUCCAUCGACUUCUGGUACUGGACCAUCGACUUCUGGUACUGGACCCUCUACUUCUGGUCCUGGACUAUCGACUUCUGGUACUGGACCCUCUACUUCUGGUACUGGACCCUCUACUUCUGGUACUGGACCAUCUACUCCGGGUACUGGACCAUCUACUCCGGGUACUGGAUUAUCUACUUCUGGUACUGGACUAUCUACUCCUGGCACUCCUUCUGUUUCCGCACCUGCUCCAACUGCUCCCACCUCUGAAAAGCCGAACGCCUCUGAAACAAAGAAGGAGCAGAGCAAGAGCAAGUCAAAAUCUCGAGAAUCUUCUGCUGAACCGAGAGAAUCAUCUGCAUCAUCAUCUGUUCCACCGGAAAGUCAACAGUCUACUUCGGGACUUCGUUCUGUUUCGGCACCUGCUCCAACUGCUCCCGCCGCUGAAAAACCGAACGCCUCUGAAACAAAGAAGGAGCAGAACAAGAGCAAGGAAUAA